AUGAGGGCGCCGGCAGCUUUCAAGGCCCUCGCCUUGCUUGCCUCCCUUUGGGCAUCGCCCCUGCACGCGAAGAAAGACGGCCCGGCCUUCCACGUCAACGACUUCAAGCACAUCCCCACCAGUCUGAGCUACUUCGAGGACUCCGACGUCAUCCUGUUUCACGAUGUCUCCGAAGGCAACAUCUACCGCACCGACGACGCCGGCGUCAGCUGGAAUCGAGUUGGUGACAUCGCCCAGGGCGUGGCCGCGCGGCUGGUUAUGCACGAAUACGACCGCAGCCGGGCCUAUGUCAUGACCGACGCCACCUCCCACUGGAGGACGGAAGACAAGGGCAAGACCUGGCAGAGCUUCUCCACCGACGCCGAGGUCAACAUCUUCCAGCCAGAGCCUCUGGGCUUCCAUGCCGGAGACCCGGACCGCAUGCUGUUCAAUGGCAUGCGGUGCAAGGGCAUCUUCUGCGACGACGUCACCAUGUACACCACCGACGGCUUCAAGACGGAUGCCAAGCUUCUUCGCGACAACACCGUGGGCUGCUGGUGGGCAAGGUCGUCGGCCAUAUUCACCACCGGCAAGGACGAGCUGGACGCGAAGCGCAUCCUCUGCGUCGUGAGGGAUUCGCUCUCGCCCUUCAAGCACGACCAGCGCCUGCUCAUCUCGGACAACUAUUUCAACGCGGAGAAAGCUGGCGGCGAUGUCAAGGAAUUCGAGCCCAAUCUCGACAUGAACAGGCCGGUACAAGGUGUUGUCAACCUGGCUGUCGUCAAGAAGUUCCUUCUGGUCGCGACGUCAUCGCCCAACACCGACGAGAUGGCACUCUUCGUAACAGAUGACACCCUCAAUUGGCACCGGGCCAUCUUCCCUGCCGAUCACCGGGUUGACCAAGAAGCCUACACGGUUCUCGAGAGCACCAACUACAGCAUUCAGAUCGAUGUGAUGAAUACCCGUCCGUCCAACCCUAUGGGGGUUAUGUUCACGAGCAACUCCAACGGUACCUACUUCACCAAGAACAUCGACUUUACCAACCGUAACAGUCACGGACACGUCGACUUUGAGAAGAUCAACGGCAUUCAGGGCAUCUUCCUGGUGAACAAAGUCAAGAAUGGCGAUGAGGUUGCUACGGACAGGCAUGCCAAGAAGAAGAUUAUCACCGAGAUCACGUUCGAUGAUGGUCGGACUUUCGAGGAUGUCAUGGUCGGGAAAGAGAGGGUACAUCUGCAUUCGGUCACUGAUCUGAGCAAUGUUGGACGUGUCUUCUCUAGCCCAGCACCUGGCUUGGUGAUGGGCAUUGGCAACACAGGCGAAUACCUCAAGUCCUAUGAAGAUGGAAAUCUCUACAUAUCGGACAACGCUGGCGUUACCUGGAUUGAGGGCCCCAAGGGUCCACACAAGUAUGAGUUUGGAGAUCAAGGAUCGAUCUUGCUUGCUGUCAAGGAUACUGGGACUAAGGGUGAAGGUAUUGGCGAGAUCACCUACUCCCUCAACCAUGGCAAGGACUGGAAGACUGCCGAGCUCCCGGAUGGGCUCAAGGUUCGGCCUUACAUUCUCACUACCACCCAAGACUCUACCAGUCUCAAAUUCCUCUUGAUCGGCCAGAGCAAAGAUAAAUGGGAGAUCGUCGCCAUUGAUUUCGAGGGGUUGCACGAGGACACCUGCAAGGAGAGCGACAUGGAAGACUGGUUUGCUCGCGUCGAUGACAAGGGUGAGCCGACAUGCUUGAUGGGCCAUACCCAAAAGUAUCACCGUCGCAAGAAGGAUGCCGAGUGCUUCGUAAAGCACGAGUUCAACGAGGCACUGGCUGAGAGUACCGACUGCGAGUGCACGGACAAGGACUUUGAGUGUGACUACAACUUCAGGAGAGAGGAUGGCGAAUGCAAACCCGUUGGUCCCGUCAUUGUCCCUGAUGACGCGUGCAAGGAUGCCAAGCCCGACGACACUUUCAAGGGCUCUUCGGGAUGGCGUCUUAUUCCCGGCAACACUUGCAAACGCAGCCAGGGAGCACAGAAGGACGAUCCUGUCGAGAGAAAAUGCUCCGACUCCGCACAGCCGCCAACGGAGAAGCCGAGCGGCAAGAUUUCCCACAAGAACUACCCCUUCAAGGGCGAAUGGACGGACUUUGAGAAGCACUAUUUGGAGAGCGGCGAGUUCAAUAACGACGAGACCGUCAUCGUGCGACCUCUUGAUCGAUCCAAAAACAAGGGCGGGCCCAUCUACAUCACGAAUGACCAAGGCAAGAAUUGGAAAGAGGCCGAGGUCUUCAAGGAUGAAGAGAUCUGGGCCAUCAUGCCGCACCAGCACUUCAAGGAGAUGGUGUAUUUUGUCACUCGAAGCGGCAUGGUCUACUACACUUCCGACAGAGGACGGACUUUCCACGACUUCAAAGCCCCAUACAAGCCGGCCCUUGAGGAGCAGAAAGCGCCGCUCGCUUUCCACCCUGACAAGCAAGACUGGCUGAUCUGGUUUGGCAAGAAGUGCGAGGACACGGGCGAAUGCUAUCUGGUUGCAUCUGUCUCGACCGACCGUGGAGACAACUGGAAGACUAUGGCCCGUUAUGUGGAAAAGUGCGAAUUCACAGGCUCGCUCGCCUACAAGUACCGCAACCAGAAACAAGUCCUCUGUCUUGGCAGGGAGCGCGAGAACAACUCCAAGGACAACCCCCUCCAGCUCGUCUCCAGUGACGACUGGUUCGAUACCAAGGAAGUCCGCCAAAAGAACGUCAAAGACUUUGCGACCAUGGCUGAGUUCAUUGUCGUCGCGACGGAAGAUCAGGAAAAGAAGACUCUUCAGGCACAUGCCAGCAUCGACGGAGAGCACUACGCUGCGGCCCACUUCCCGUACAACUUCAACGUCGGCCAGCAACACGCCUACACGGUUCUCGAUAGUUCGACCCAUGCUGUUAAUCUGUUCGUGGUGACGGAGACCAAGGAGGACUUCCGGUAUGGCACAAUCAUCAAGAGCAACUCCAACGGUACUUCAUACGUCAUGAGUGUUCCUGGCGUCAACUGCAACAACAAUUAUUAUGUGGACUAUGAGAAGAUGCUUGGUCUCGAGGGCGUGAGCCUCGUCAAUAUUGUCGCGAAUCGCGAUAGCAAGGACAACAAGAAGAAGUUGCAGAGCAAGAUCAGCCACAAUGACGGCGCUGAGUGGAGCUUCCUGGCACCCCCAGGACAGGAUGUCGAGGGCAAGAACUAUCCUUGCAGUGGCAACGGCGAUGAAAAGUGUGCGCUCCACAUUCACGGCUACACUGAGCGUGAAGAUCACCGGAAGACAUACUCAUCUGCAGGUGCUGUCGGCCUGAUGUUUGGCAUUGGCAACGUGGGCGACAGUCUCGGUGACAUCAAGGACGCUGACACCUUCAUGACUACGGAUGCUGGCAUCACCUGGAAGAACGUCAAAAAGGGUGCUUGGACCUGGCAGUUCGGCGACCAAGGAUCGAUCAUUGUUCUGGCCCAGCGCCACACCAAGACCAAGACUGUUUCGUACACUGCCGACGAGGGUCAGACCUGGCAGGACUACCAAUUCACUGAAGAUGAUGUGGAGAUCGCCGAUGUCACCACUCUUCGGUCGGGCGCCUCCAGGAACUUCAUCAUCUGGGGCAAGAAAGGCUCCGAGCUGAUAUCCAUCAACGUCGACUUUACCGGUCUCACUGGACGGGCGUGCUCGUUGGAAGGCGAUUCAGACUACUAUACAUGGUCUCCCAAGCACCCGAUGAUGGAGAAUGACUGCCUCUUCGGCCACGUCUCGCAGUACCGGCGCAAGAAGACGGACCGUGACUGCUACAACGGUUUCAAAAUCGAGCACUCGUACAAUGUGCAGAACUGCAGCUGUACCCGGCGUGACUUCGAAUGUGACUACAAUUUCGAGCUCGACAACCACGGCGCCUGUUCGCUCGUGAAGGGCCUGGAGCCCAAGUCUCGCGAGCAGUGGUGCAAGGAGAACCCCGGCGUGGAGACCUACUACGCGCCGUCGGGCUACCGCCGCAUCCCGCUGACCACGUGCACCGGCGGGCAGGAGUUCGACAAGCAGUCGGAGCCGCAGCCCUGCGUCGGCAUGGAGGACGAGUUCAGGCGCGUCCACCGCGGGCCCUCGGGCGUGGCCAUCUUCUUCGCCGUCGUGAUCCCCGUGGGCAUCGCGGCGGCGGCGGGCUGGUGGGUCUACCGCAACUGGCACGGCAAGUUUGGCGCCAUCCGGCUGGGCGAGGGCGGCGCCGGCGGCGGCUUCGGCGGCGGGGCCGGGCUCGACAGCGACGCGCCGUGGAUCAAGUACCCCGUCAUCGCGCUGUCGGCCGUGGUCGCCGUCGUGGGCGCCGUGCCGCUCGUGGCCUCGGCCGUCUGGCGCGCGGGCACGUCGGCGGUGCAGGGCCUGCUCGGCGGCGGCGGUGGCAGGGGCCGCUUCAGCCGGCUUGGCGGGAGCGGCGGCGGCGGCGGCGGCGGGUGGGGCGGGUCCAGGAGGUUCACGACCCGGGACAGCUUCGCCAGGGGGAGAGGGGACUAUGCUGCGGUCGCGGACGACGACGAGGGCGAGCUGCUGGGCGAUGAGAGCGACGAGGAGGUGUGA